AUGGUAUACCAAUGCAAUCCAUGCACGCCACGCUUGCAUGGCGCGCUUGGCGGCGGCAGGUACGCGCUGGACGUGAACACGGAGCGCGCGGAGGACGUGCUGACACACAAGCGGCUGCUGGAGGAGGCGGCGCGGCUGCACGGGCUGCCCGUCUUCUUCGUCCGCGCCGUCCGGAUGGCGGCAGCGGGCGGCGCAGCAGGUGCGGAGGAGGCGGGGCCGCACGCGAGCAUGGAGACGGACGACCACCACCCCGCCUUGCCGCCCCACGGCGCGCUAGCGCCGCCAGCGUUUGGGUCGUCGCCGAAUCUGGAGGCGCCGGUGCCGGGCGGCGGGCACGGCGCUGCGGGCGCCAUGGAUGACGACCGCCCCACCUCGCUCAGUGCGCCGUACCACAACGUGCCCAUGCAUGAAGUCACCUUCUCCACCUUCGACCGCCCCAAGCUGCUCAGCCAGCUGUCAGCGGUGUUGGCGGAUGCGGGGUUGAACAUAAGGGAGGCGCAUGUGUUCUCCACGUUUGACGGGCUCUCCCUUGACGUCUUCGUUGUUGAUGGCUGGCCCACCGAGGACGUGGUGGAUCUGCAUGCAGCCUUGGUGCGCGUGCUGCAGAUGGGGGCGGGUGCAGCCCUCUCCAUGCAGCCAGAGGCGUCCGGCCAGUCAAUGCAGUCAAUGCAGUCAGCACCGGGCCCGGCGGGGUCGGAGUCAGCGGGCAUGGGAGGGGCGGGGGCAGGGGGGCAGGGGGCGGGGUCACACGUGUCAGGGGCAGAGUCACGCGUGCCCAUCCCCACGGAUGGGCGGGACGACUGGGAGAUCGACAGCCAGCAGCUCAAGCUGCACCACAAGAUCGCCUCUGGCUCCUUUGGUGACCUGUACCGAGGCACGUACUGUGGGCAGGACGUGGCGAUCAAGAUCUUAAAGCCCGAGCGACUCAGCGACUCACUGCAGCAGGAGUUCGCCCAGGAGGUGUACAUCAUGAGGAAGGUUCGCCAUAAGAACGUGGUGCAAUUUAUUGGAGCCUGCACCAAGCCGCCUAACCUCUCUAUAGUCACAGAGUUCAUGGUGGGCGGCAGUGUGUACGACUACAUUCACAAGCAGCGUGGCAGCAUGCGGCUGGGGAUGGUGGUGCGGGUGGGCAUGGACGUGGCAAAGGGAAUGGACUUUCUGCACAAGAACAACAUCAUUCACCGCGACCUCAAGGCUGCAAAUCUGUUGAUGGACGAGAACGAGGUGGUGAAGGUGGCGGACUUUGGAGUGGCGCGGGUGAAGGCGGGCAGCGGCAUCAUGACGGCCGAGACCGGCACGUACCGCUGGAUGGCACCUGAGGUGAUAGAGCACAGGGCGUACGACCACAAGGCGGACGUGUUCAGCUUCGCCAUCACGCUGUGGGAGCUGCUCACCGGCAAGCUGCCAUAUGCGGAUCUCACGCCCCUGCAAGCAGCUGUUAGCGUGGUGCAAAAGGGGCUGCGGCCGCCCAUCCCGAAGGGCACGCACCCGCGGCUGGCAGAGCUGAUGGCGCGGUGCUGGCACACAAACCCCGCUGAGCGGCCCGAGUUCAGUGCCGUGCUGCGCCUGCUGGCUGACAUGGCGCAUGAGGGCAUGGCGCAUGAGGUGAGGGGGAAGGGCAUGGCGCAUGAGGUGAGGGGGAAGGGCAUGGCGCAUGAGGUGAGGGGGAAGGGCAUGGCGCAUGAGGUGAGGGGGAAGGGCAUGGCGCAUGAGGUGAGGGGGAAGGGCAUGGCGCAUGAGGUGAGGGGGAAGGGCAUGGCGCAUGUGGUGAGGGGGAAGUGCAUGGCGCAUGAGGUGAGGGGGAAGGGCAUGGCGCAUGAGGUGAGGGGGAAGGGCAUGGCGCAUGAGGUGAGGGGGAAGGGCAUGGCGCAUGAGGUGAGGGGGAAGGGCAUGGCGCAUGAGGUGAGGGGGAAGGGCAUGGCGCAUGAGGUGAGGGGGAAGGGCAUGGCGCAUGAGGUGAGGGGGAAGGGCAUGGCGCAUGAGGUGAGGGGGAAGGGCAUGGCGCAUGAGGUGAGGGGGAAGGGCAUGGCGCAUGAGGUGAGGGGGAAGGGCAUGGCGCAUGAGGUGAGGGGGAAGGGCAUGGCGCAUGAGGUGAGGGGGAAGGGCAUGGCGCAUGAGGUGAGGGGGAAGGGCAUGGUGCAUGAGGUGAGGGGGAAGGGCAUGGCGCAUGAGGUGAGGGGGAAGGGCAUGGCGCAUGAGGUGAGGGUGUGUAGGCGGGUGCACUUCCUUCCUGCCCCUCGCUGCAUCUCCCUCUCUCCAUCCGCCCCUCUCUCCAUCCGCCCCUCUCUCCAUCCGCCCCUCUCUCCAUCUGCCCCUCUCUCCAUCCGCCCCUCUCUCCAUCCGCCCCUCUCUCCAUCCGCCCCUCUCUCCAUCCGCCCCUCUCUCCAUCCGCCCCUCUCCAUCUGCCCCUCCAUCCAUGUACUCCACAUUACUCAAACCUCCCAAAAGAAUCAUCUGCCUCAUCCCAACUCUCUUCCUCCCCACCCUGUGCCACCCUGCCUGCUGUGUGCCCUCGUGCGUGUGUGA